CCAGCCAGGGGCCUGGCCCUGGAUCGUCAGCAUCCAGAAUCCCUGGUAUUCAGGCGUUGGGCAUGUAUGUGGAGGGUCCCUCAUCAGCCCUCAGUGGGUCCUCACAGCAGCACAUUGCUUUGACAAUGCAAGUUAUGUCACGAUGUGGCGUGUGGUGAUCGGUGCCAACCGGUUGAGUCAGCUGGGCCCUGAGGUUGAAGUGCGCAAUAUUAAGCAUCUAGUGAUUCACGAAUACUAUAGAAAUAUCAAAACAGGGCACGAUGUUGCACUGCUGGAAUUGGACCAACCUGUUCAGUGCAGCUACUACAUACAACUUGCCUGCGUGCCUGAUGCCUCGCUGAGAGUGUCAGAGCUGUCGAGCUGCUACAUCAGUGGUUGGGGUUCUACAGAGCAAAGAUCUGGACGAAGUCCCGACGUCCUGCAGGAGGCCGCGGUCCAUCUCAUUGACAUCAAACUCUGCAAUAGCAGCCGGUGGUAUAGAGGGGCCAUCAAGACCCACAACUUGUGUGCUGGUUACAUGCAGGGUGGCAUCGACACCUGCCAGGGUGACAGCGGUGGUCCUCUCGUGUGCAAAGAUAACACUGCUGACUACUUCUGGCUCGUUGGUGUGACCAGCUGGGGGACAGGCUGUGGUAGAAUGCGUCGGCCUGGAGUAUACGCCUCCACUCAGCACUUUUACGAAUGGAUCCUGGUACAGAUGGGGCUGCACACACCAGUACGAACCGCUCCUACAUCACGGGAUUGGAGUCAUUUUCUCACUGCCUCCACUCCUUCCCAGAGGCCAAGGCCAAUACCAACACAAACAAAUAAGAAUAACGCCUGCCCAUUUCCACUUCACAAGCUAACAGAAUUCUUUACUCAGGUGCAGGAGCUUCUGCAUGUCCUAAGGGGAAAUAAUGCUUGAGCAGCAGGCUGAGCAUGUCCCAGUGCAGGCUGCAGUGCACCAUAACCAUUUUCUUCAGGGGCUGGUGAUCCAAGGGCAGCCCCAGUGCCAAAGGCCUGCUCUGUCCUGCCCACUCUCCUCUAGUUUUACUUACUCAAAUAUACUUUGUUCCAGAAAUAAAGCUGCCUAUUUUCACAGCUAACCAUGCCUCAUCCCAAUUCAAUCUCCUGUGCAAGGCAAGGAUUUCCAUACGUGGCACCUGCAAAAUACGC